UUCCUCUCUCAAAAGGGGGAAACAAAAAAAAAAAGAAAAACACAUUCCCCCCGUAAUUACCGGAAUCAAAAUCGACCGAUCGAUCGAACAAGGGAUCUAUUCUCCCUCUCCCCUACCCUCUGUCUCUCUCUCGCCGCUUCUUCGUCUUCGUCUUCGUCUUCGUCUUGUUCUUGUGGGGUGAGAGAGAGGGAGAGGGAGAGGGAGAGGGAGAAAAGGAAGAGGGUAAGUAAGGAUGAGUUUCGAGGAUCUGGAGGCGGGGCGGGCGGUGCGAAUCGACGGGAGGAAGGGCAAGGAAUCCUCGCAGGCGGUGGCGUCGGGGGUCUUCCAGAUCAACACCGCCGUCGCCACCUUCCAGCGCCUCGUCAACACCCUCGGCACCCCCAAGGACACCCCCGAUCUCCGCGACAGGCUGCACAAGACAAGGGCACAUAUCACACAACUGAUAAAAGAUACUUCAGAUAAACUUAGACAAGCUAGUGAAGCAGAUCACCGAUCUGAAGUCAGUGCAAGCAAAAAGAUAGCUGAUGCAAAGCUUGCGAAGGAUUUCCAAUCAGUUAUGAAAGAGUUCCAGAAAGCUCAGAGGCUUGCUGUAGAGAGAGAAACCGCAUAUGCCCCUUUUGUUUCUCAAGCAGCUCUUCCUCCAAGCUAUAAUCCAAGCGAGUCAGGCAAGACAUCAGACAAGUCCAGUGAGCAACAAGCAAUGCUUCUAGAAUCUAGAAGACAAGAGGUGCUUUUUUUGGAUAAUGAGAUUGUCUUCAAUGAGGCCAUCAUUGAGGAGAGAGAGCAGGGCAUACAAGAGAUUCAGCAGCAGAUCGGCGAGGUCAAUGAAAUCUUUAAGGACCUUGCAGUCCUUGUCCAUGAUCAAGGAGCUAUGAUUGAUGACAUUGACUCCCAUAUCGAGAGCUCUGUUGCAGCAACCGCGCAGGCGAAAACCCAGCUAUCAAAGGCAGCCAAAACUCAAAAGUCAAAUUCAUCUCUGGUGUGUUUGCUGCUGGUGAUUUUUGGGGUUGUAUUGCUCAUCGUAAUUAUAGUCCUCGCUGCAUAGUAUAUGUGGAUAGUGAUUGCUAUUCUCAUUCUCAAGUUUAAUGAAGUAAUGCGUAAGAAAGUGUUUGCACUUCCCAAGUAUCAUACCCUCUGUAGUGGAGGCCGUGUCUUGUUUGUGACUUGGUGUUGGUAUACAAGAAUAUAUUAUUUGCAUAAAACUGUUUUAUUUGCUUUGUUCUGUGGUUUAUGCUUACAUUCUCUAUGUUUUAAUAUUUAGGCAAUGCAUGCCCGCGGGGGCAAGCAUUGCACUGUAUCGACGAUGAUCGUUGUAAUUAAGAUUCUUAUAUUUUUGAGUGGCAGGCGUGUUAGUUGUAGA